AAUUGUAUGCCGGUUCUCGAGCCGUCGGGCUCGGUUUGUUGUACGGAAGUCACUUUCGACGCGCUGCGCUGCUGCCCGCGGUUCGGCGUAGCGAAUGAGUUAAAACCCAGUGUGAACCCGUGCUGCUCUCGUGUCAGACCCGUGCCUCAUCCGUCGUUUCGCUGGAGUGUUCUUUUUAAGUGCUGGACUAAAUUUCGCUAACAUUCAGCCGGCGCGGAACCGUUUUUCCCCUUUCUUCGAGCAAUGAAACAAAAUGGAGGUGGGAGCCUUGAUAGAAGCUGUAAGAAAAAGGCAGGUUCUUUAUAAUAGAGGAGACGAUGAUAAUUCAAACAGGGUUUUAAUCAACCAAAUAUGGAAAGAAGUUGCAGAAGAAGUUGGAACUGAUGAUGCAACUGCAAAGAAGAAGUGGGCAGUGCUGAGAGACUCCUUCCGAAAGCAUCACAAAAAGAAGACGACCUUCAAAUCUGGAUCAGGGGGCAAAGGCCCCAAAAAAUGGUACCUUUACAAUAACUUGCUCUUCUUAGUUCCUUUUGUUGAUGGUCGAAGCACCUCAACUACAAGCAAUCUGGUGGAGGGACUGAAGAAUGAGCAAGAGUGCCAGCGAGCAUCUUUCCAUCAAGAGGAGACAUUGGAUGACAACCUCUCCUCAGCUUCACCGGGUAGGCCUAAUUCAUCAUCAUUGGAGGAUUCACGACCUGGCCCGAGCUGUACACCAAAUGCCACCAUCCAGCCUCUAGCCCCUCUUCCAAAGAAGAAAAGGCCCCACUCCCAAGCGAGACAAGACUCUCUGUCCCCUUUUGAUGUGGAAAUGCUGAAUGCAUUGAAGGUGUUGCAAAAACAACGGAAGGCAAGACCGGACGAUGAUGAACAAUUCCUUUUAAGUUUAUUACCUGCAUUGAAAUCAUUAGACCCUGUUUCAAAGUUCGAGCUUCGAGGAGAGCUUAACGCCACUGCUCUGAAAUAUCUGCGACGCACACAGCAGCCAUCUCAGAGUCAAGGCCAGGGGCAUCCAUCUCGCCUCAAUUAUCAGCAAUCCCCAUCAUCUGUCACUACCGAAGACUCAUUUCAGGACAGUUAGUAGAGGUUAUACAACACAAAUGCAAGUGCACAGGUGCAUCAGCCACCCCCCCCCCCCCCCCCCCCCCCCCCCCCCCCCACAGGACUACUGCUCUAUCAGUAUUUGUAUUAGUACAGCCAGCACCAGCAGUACUCAUUAACUAUGUUUGAGUGGCUCAAGUUUUUUUCCGCCAGCGGCAAGGAUGUAAUUAUAUGUAAAAUCAAUCAAUACAGUGGUCAAUUGAGUGAACUGAACUGAAAGACAUCCAAAGUGGGCGGAAGCAUGCCCAAAGCGUAAAUUAUGUGUGAAAACAGACAAUACAGUCGACAACGGAUAUUUCGAUUUCCUCAAGGACAUGAUCCGUCGAAAUUUAUGUGCUUGGAUAUCUAGCGUCGUUUCAUCGACGGACGGUAGGCUAAGUUUUUUCUCAGUGUGCAGCUACGAUACAUUAGGCUAGGCCUAGGCCUGCGUCUUUGGUGAUGUUGAAAAUGCAACAUGUUUGAGACUUGAGGAUAAAAAAACAGUUCGGCGCUUCUGUGUUUCCGAAAUUACAGUGUUGGAGACAAUUGUGCUCGACUGUACUUCACUCACUAAGUGGUCAAGUGUAUGUUUAGUUUGUGAAAGGGUAUCACCCUACAAUUUUAACCAUUUUUGACUGGUGACCAAAUGGAUAAACAAUUACACUGUAACAGGUGCGUCCCGUGUUCGAACCCCACCCAGGGCUUGGUUGAUCCUUGAGCAAGGUCAUUAGUCAUUGUUAUUAUUCCAUUGUGUCUACUGCCAGUGGCCCUCUCUCGAAGUAGAGGCAAAUGACCAAAUGCCUCUUUUGACAAUAAAAGGUUUCGAAACACAAUGCAA